AUGCUGCGAGGCAUGUCGCCUAAACUAAAGCCACUUCUGCUGCCACAGUUGGUCGAGCAGCGCAAACGAUCCGACUCGGCUUCCCUGGUUUCGAGCCCCGAUCCCAAUGUCACUGGCACCUGGCCCUACGUCUUUGCCGCGACCAAUUCGUCUUCUUCUGACAUAACUUCGCCCGUCACGCCCACCUUUUCCACUCGUGGACAUGUCCGCAUGUCAAGUUCCACGUCCUCGCUCGACCUGCCGCCGUUUUCCCAGGAUGGCUACGUUUCCCCGUCGCUGCUCUCCAGCACCCUGACCAAGGCAUCCAUGCGCCAGCUGCCCGACGUAGAGGAGGAGCCGCUAGAAAAGGAGCACUACCAGCAUAUCGACGACGAUAUCUCAGACGAUGACGACGACAACUUUGGACUUUACAGCUGUCUAUGUGACGAUGUUUGCGCUCGCGGCAAUAGCUCCGAAGACCUUUUCGACGGUGGCCUCGUGGGCGAGUUCGACAUUGACGACUACGAUGUUGGUUUUCUCAGCGACGGCGACAUCAACACCAAUCCGGCCUACGGCAAGAAGAAGCGCGCCGGUCUCGAGUCGCAAUUCUCUGGCCUCACUGCCCGCCUCGAAUCCCGCUUCCCUACCAUCACCCGAUGGAGAUCCGGCCGUCGAUCGCGUAUGGCAAGCGUUGGUGCCAUGGAGUACAGCCUUGACAACGUCUUGUCUCGCGCCCCAUCCAGUCGCUCGUCGUCGAUUUCCGCCCGCGCCCGCCACAACACAGACGGACUCGAUGAGCAUUCGAUCCCUCCCACCCCAGCACUGCCAUUUGGCAGCACCGAAAGUGUCAACAUCCCGUCCUUGACACCCGUUUUGACCGAGGACGACAAGACCAGCAUAGAGAAGGAUCGCGCUAUGGCGACUACGCCACUUUUGCCGCCUCUGAUGACCGGCCCUCUCGGUAAGCCACCGCCCGAGUCACCGCUUCAGUCGCCCACUAUUGAGGCGGCGCCCACCCCGCCAAUGCGUUCCUCGGCUGCUCAGUCACCACCCAUCGUGUCUGCAGCAUUUGCGCGGCCGUCACUGAGCUCGCGCCCCUCGACCCAGUCUCUUCGCAACGUCUCUAGCAGCACGGAACUGCCGCUUCCGCUGCCCAUGACCCUGCAUUCGAUUCUGCAGGAGUACGAUGAGUGGUCUGAUCGUCUUGGUCAUGCCAACUUCACCAUCUCUCCUGCCCCCUAUGACGUCCAGGCUGUCAAUCCCGAGACAAUCGCCAAGUUCCAGAACGAUUGGGAUACGGCGCGCCUCAACUACACCAAGCACUUGGUGCGCACCGGCGAAAACUAUGGCCAGACGAGCAAGAUUUAUGCUCUCACCGAAGCCAAAUGGGCCGAGACGGAGCGCCGGUGGAGAGGCGGCUACGAGGAGAUGAUCAAGCAGACGCUUUCUUCUAUGCCAAUGCAGAAACAAAAGUCGGCCUCUCGCAGCCGCAGCCGUGGGCGCGGCCGAGGCCGUUCUCUUAGCGCCCACCCUGGUUCUGUGCAUCACAGCCCUGACGUCUUUGCUGGCGUGGAGUGGAAACGUCUCGAAGAAAACUUGCCCAGCGCUGUCCCUCAGAUUAUUGAGUCCCUUGAUGCUGCCCAGGGCAAGUUUCCCAGCCGCGGCGACGAAGACAUUGUCGGCCCUAUGCACCGCGAAGCCUCCAUGGCUGGCGCGUACAGCGACGACUUCCGAUCCCGCUUCUGGAAGAACCUUGGAGCCAAAGUCGGCAUCCAUCGAUAA